CAGGAAGACAGCAGAAGCCGCUCUCAGUAGCACUCGCAGCCCGCGCCCGGGCGGUUGAGGGGAGCUGCCCGCUGGGCCGUGGGGACCACGUUCCAGGCAGUGCGCAGUGGCCCAACUCGGUGCUAGGGCUCUCGCACGCCCCUCGCCGCUCCGCGCCUGGCUCGCCCGCAAGGGCCGAGCGCGGGCGGGCGAGCAGGCGGGGGAGGUGAGGGGUGCGGGCGGGAGUGCAUGUGCCUGACUCGGUGCACACCCCGCAAGGCGGCAGCGCCAGGGCACCGAGCGCUCCCCAAAGCCCCGCUACCUCACUCUGCUUCGGCGGCCGCGACCAUGUUCCAGCCUACAGCCAAGCGGGGUUUCACCAUAGAGUCCUUGGUGGCCAAGGAUGGGGGCACCGGCGGGAGUCCUGGCAGCGGGGGCGCGGGCUCCCAUCCGCUGGCCGUGGCCGCCUCAGAGGAACCGCUCAGGCCCACAGCGCUCAACUACCCUCACCCUAGUGCGGCCGAGACGGCCUUCGUGAGUGGCUUCCCUGCCGCUGCUGCCGCGGGCGCCGGCCGCUCGCUCUACGGAGGGCCCGAGCUGGUGUUCCCCGAGGCCAUGAACCACCCUGCGCUGACGGUGCACCCGGCGCACCAGCUGGGCGCCUCCUCGCUGCAACCCCCUCACUCAUUCUUCGGCGCCCAGCAUCGGGACCCUCUCCAUUUCUAUCCCUGGGUGCUUCGGAAUCGCUUCUUCGGCCACCGCUUUCAGGCAAGCGACGUUCCCCAGGACGGGCUACUUUUGCACGGGCCCUUCGCGCGCAAGCCCAAACGGAUCCGCACGGCCUUCUCACCCUCGCAGCUGCUGCGGCUGGAGCGAGCCUUCGAGAAGAAUCACUAUGUGGUGGGCGCCGAGCGGAAACAGCUGGCCGGCAGCCUCAGCCUCUCGGAAACGCAGGUGAAGGUGUGGUUCCAGAACCGGAGGACAAAGUACAAACGGCAGAAGCUGGAGGAGGAAGGGCCUGAGUCCGAGCAGAAGAAGAAAGGUUCCCACCAUAUCAACCGGUGGCGUAUCGCCACGAAGCAGGCCAACGGGGAGGACAUUGAUGUCACCUCUAAUGACUAGGAGAACAAUCACGAGCCCACAAGGGCAGAGCAUUGCUUGCUGCUGGCUGGGGCUCCAGGGGGCCCAAGCUGGACUCUGGCCAGUCCCUAGCCAGGCUGCGGGGAGGCCUCGAGUCACGGCCCCACAGGGCUUGGAGCCUAGGGCCAUCACUGUCAGAGGGACAAGAAAAUGGGCUGGCUGAGGCCGGGGACUUGCUCAGCCUUCCGGUGGAGAGCCUGCCGCUUGGGUGAGCUGCCCAGCUGCUCUCCGUGUCUCUUUCCUGUCUUUUGUUUCGAGACGUUUCUGUUUUAAUUUAUUUUCCAGGUACCUGCUGUAGUUCUUAGUGACCCUCUCAUGUCCCCCCUUCCCUAUGGGAAUAAUAAAAAGCUCUCUCUUAAUGACACAGCCAUCCAUCUUUAACCGUAGAGCCUGGGCUGGUGGGUUUCCGUCCUCGGUUCAGUGGGGGCUGGUCAGCAAAGGCACCCGGGGCCCAGGAGGCUGAAGGGAAGUCUCAGGCAGACUUAAGGGGGGUCAGGAGGCGAGGAUUCCUUAUACCUACAGGCUCCGGUGGCUUCUCCAGCUGAGGCACAUCCAAGGGGAAGAGGUCCUGGGGAUAAGCUAAGGAGGUCCUGAGCCCAGGCCCCACACAGAUGUGCAGCUGUCCUGAAGAACCCAAGGAGCCCUUUGUUUUGGUUUCUUUUUCAGUCACAAGGUUUUAUUCUCUUGCCCAAACUGGCUUCCAAGUCGCAUCAAUCCUCCUGCCCUAGCCUCCUGAGUGCCAGAUUGUAAGUAUGAGCCACCACACCUUGUGUCCACGGGCUUGAUGGUGAGCUUGCAGAGGCCAUCAGGGAUCAGGAACACCUUGACUCAACAAAGAAAGGCAAGGCAGGCCCAGUGAAGUUUUGUCCACCUGCCCUCUAAUUUGUCUAUUUGUCCUUCCCCCUUGGCACAUUUUCCUCCAUCCUGGAGAAGUUUGAUUUGUGUUUCCACCAGUCUCUCCCUCCCAACACCCAGGUCUGUCUCCGUUCAGCGCCCAUGAACUAACCAACUAUCCACUUUAGCGCUCUGCUGACAUGAACAACAGUCACCAACCACUGUCCCAAACUCCCGUUGUGGCCACAUUCAUCCACUUCCUACCCAGGUUGAUCUGUCCCUGCAUCUGCCCCAAUGUCCUUCUUGUCCCCCCUAAUCCCUACAUCUCCACUUUGGGUCUCUUGUCUCCUCUU